CACUCCAUUCACUCCACUUUCAUUCUCCCUACCCCCUCUCUGCCAUGGAGUUUGUUUUCUCCUCCAUGUUUCUUGUUUCACUGCCUUUCCUCUUCCCCUUCUUCUUCUUCUUCUUCUUCCGUUCCGUCCUGAACUUCCUCACUCUCCGCCCUGCCCGACUCCCUCUCCCGCCGGGCACUCUGGGCUGGCCUUACAUUGGCGAGACCUUCCAUCUCUAUUCCCAGAACCCCAAUGUCUUCUUCGCCUCCAAGGUCAAGAAGUAUGGGUCUAUAUUCAAGAGCCACAUAUUGGGUUGCCGUUGCGUGAUGAUUUCGAGCCCGGAGGCGGUGAAGAGCGUGCUGGUAACGAAGGCCGACCUCUUCAAGCCCACAUUUCCGGCCACCAAAGAGAGGAUUUUGGGGAAACAGGGGCUUUUCUUUCACCAGGGAGAUUACCAUGCCCGGUUGAGGAGGCUUGUUCUCCGCGCCUUCAUGCCGGAGUCCAUCAGGAACAUCGUCCCCGACGUUGAUUCCAUGGCCGUGGAAACUCUCCGGUCAUUGGAAGGCCGGGUCGUCAACACUUACCAAGAAAUGAAAACAUACACCUUCAAUGUGGCAUUGCUUUCGAUAUUCGGCAAGGAUGAAGGUCUGUACAGGGAGGACCUGAAGAGGUAUUACUGCAUUCUAGAGAAAAGCUACAACUCCAUGCCCAUCAAUCUCCCCGGAACACUCUUCCACAAGGCCAUGAAAGCCAGGAAAGAGCUUGGGAAGAUUCUGGCCAAAAUCCUCUCAAUUCGAAGGCAGAACGGCGAAAUCCACAACGACUUGCUGGGAUCAUUCAUGGGAGACAAGGAAAGCCUCUCCGACGAUCAAAUCACCGACAACAUCAUCGGAGUCAUUUUCGCUGCGCGUGACACCACUUCGAGUGUUAUAACCUGGGCCAUCAAGUACCUUGCUGAAAACCCCAGUGUUCUUCAAGCUGUCACAGAAGAGCAAGAAGGGAUUUUGAGGUCAAAAGAGGAGAGUGGAGAAGAUAAGGCUCUGAACUGGGCUGAUUCCAAGAAGAUGCCUGUUACUACCAGAGUGAUUCAAGAAACGCUCAGAGCUGCUUCAAUCUUAUCCUUCACUUUCAGAGAAGCAGUUGAAGAUGUCGAGUUAGAAGGUUAUCUCAUACCAAAAGGGUGGAAGGUGUUGCCCUUGUUCAGAAACAUUCAUCACAGCCCAGAAAAUUUUCCAGAUCCAGAGAAGUUUGAUCCUUCAAGAUUUGAGGUUUCUCCAAAGCCCAAUACCUUCCUGCCAUUUGGCAAUGGGACCCACGCAUGCCCUGGGAAUGAACUAGCCAAGCUGGAGAUUUUGGUCUUUCUGCACCAUCUAACCACAAAGUACAGGUGGUCUGUCAUGGGCCCACAGAAUGGAAUACAGUAUGGGCCCUUUGCCCUUCCCCAGAAUGGUUUGCCCAUCAGACUCUAUCCCAAGUGAAAAAACAAAGAAGGCAAUGCUGGUUGAGAUAACAUUUGGCUCAUCUCCAUUUAAAAUACAGCAUUCUAUUAAUGGGUUUUUCAAAUCAAGUGGAUGGUGAAGACAGUUCAAGAAGGGAGUGUGGUUAUUGUUAUUAUAUAUACAUACAUAUAUUUAUAUAUAUGGAGUCAGGUGAAAAGUGAUGGGGAAUUACAGGGGAAAUAAAAAACAAAGUGUACAUAGAGAUGAAACUUUCAUGGUAGGUGGGAAUUGAAGAGAGGGAACCAUUAAUAAGAGAUCGAGAUAAUUGAUAAACACAGACUCAUUAGUUUCCUGACAAGAUGAGAAAACCCAUCUGUCAUGGCAUGGUGUAGCCUAGUAAUUAGCAAAACAAAAACAAAAAAAAAAGUUGUAUUCUUUUGACUUUGUUUUCUCUCAUAUUUUUUUUAUUUUAGUUAUUGUGUUGUGUUGAAGUCCGCAAGGCAAGUCAAUGAACAUCGAUUAAUACU